UGAACGCAUGCGUGCUGCUUUUAAAAGCCACACUGGAGGAAAAUCCGCGCUGGAAUCAUGAAUCGGACGCGUUUGGUUGUCGGGAGCAGGAGUUCAGAGGAGAGGGCAGUUUCACCAACAGGACCGUGAUGUAAAUAUUCGGGUUUUAUUUUUUUUUUUGUGGUUCAGGUCGUGGCCUGCUUGUUAGAUCUCUCCCUCCUUCCUCCUCCUCCUCCUCCUCCUCUUCUUCUUCUUCAUCCUCCGUCCUGAAUCUCAUGCCCGUGAUGGCUGAUGAGCAGCAGCCCCAGGGACAGCAGCCUCAGCCCGGGUCUCUGCUUCCCACAGCACUGCAGGGAGCAGAGAGCAGUGCACUGCAGCUGAAGAUCAAGAACUCCAUCUGCAAAUCCGUACAAUCGAAGGUGGACAGCAUUUUGCAAGAUGUGGAGAGGUUUACAGACAUUGAGAAACUUUACCUCUACCUCAGGCUGCCCUCGGGCCCCAGCAGCAGCGGCAGCGACAAAAUCAGUGAGCAAAGCUGCGUGUCUUCGAGCCGUAUGCAGCAGAUGCACGCGUUCAGCUGGAUACGGAAUCACCUGGAGGAGCACGCAGACACCUCGCUCCCCAAACAGGAAGUCUUCGAUGAGUACAAGAGCUACUGUGACAAUCUGGGCUAUCACGCGCUCAGUGCCGCCGACUUCGGAAAGAUCAUGAAGAAUGUUUUUCCCAACAUGAAGGCGCGCCGGCUCGGCAUGAGGGGAAAAUCCAAAUAUUGCUAUAGUGGCCUGAGAAAGAAGCCUUUCAUUCACAUGCCGUCUCUUCCAAAUCUGGAUGUACACAAAACAGGAGAUGGGUGUGAGGGGUUUGAACCUACCGGGCAGAACUCCAGCGGGGAGGAUGAGAUUCGCUCUGCCGCCUGUGAUCUGGUGUGCGAGUGGGCUCAGAAAGUGCUGAGUCGUCAGUUUGUCAGUGUGGAGGACCUGGCACGCUUCCUGCUUAACAGCCACUACAUCAGCACCAAGUCUGUCGCUGCUCUCACCGUGAUGACAGGAUCCCCUUCAGGGGCCCCAAUGUCUGUUCAGUCGUCUGCGUUCAUGCCCACAACUGAUGCCCACUCAUUCCAGCCUCAGGUCAAAACGCUGACAUCCCCUUCCAUCGACGCCAAGCAGCAGCUCCAGAGAAAGAUCCAGAAGAAGCAGCAGGAACAAAAACUUCACUCCCCACUUCCUCCUGAAGCUCAGGGCAGGAGGGCAGAAGGGGUCACUACUCCUUGUGCAAGCACAGGGAUCCCAUGUGGAAGCCCUGCCCUACUUUCACCGCAGCCCACCAUCGGCAUCGUGGUAGCCACAGUUCCUAGCCCAGUUACGGUUCAAAGAAGCAGACAGUUGAUGUCUCCCAGCCCAGUUCCUGUGGCAACAGCAGAAAGCAAGGUGCUCCCUGUCAAUUUUCAGGUGGUCACCCAAUCGGUGCAGCCUGUGAACCGAUGUCCAAAGACCCCUCAGAAUGUCCCUGCAAGUCCCGUUGGUGAUCGUCCCGCUCGCCAUCGCUACGCCCAAAUCCUGCCUAAACCAGCUACAACUAGCGCAAUCACGCUACGUUCACCUCCUGCGCUCCUUAUCACCAAAAGUUCCAUCAAAACUGUCAUACCAUCACCCAAGGACAGCUCUGUCAACAUUGUGAAAAUGACGGCCAUAUCUCUGGGGCCCAGCACCAGCACCACCAGCACUGCUGCCACCACAGCUAGGCCUGCCUCUGCUGGAAUAACCAGCCGUGGUGAUGACCUCCAACCUGUUACGCGUGUCCGUAGUGGCUCCAUUGCUGCAAUGCCGACAUUAUCAAUGCCAGGACAAACAACCACAACACCAGCGGUCAAUAUCAAUUUGGAUGUUGCUGAUGCUGUAGCGCGAGCUAGAGAAGCUCAAGGUGGGACAACUGGUGGGGGUGUGCAAGUAGAAGGAGCACUCAAACCCAGAGCUGCAAGUGUGCCUACACCUCUAGCUAAAAUCUCUGCAGAAUUGGACAGGCAAUCAGGGAACAAAUUUAAUGGUCUUAUGCUCCCUGAUGGAGGCAAUUUGGCUGCUGGCAGCAAUAAUAAUCCCAUUGAAAGCACUUUGUAUCAGGACAUAGCCAAUCAGAGUUCCAGUAGUGCUCCAACAACAAGUAAUAGCGCAUUUAUGACACCACCCAAGGAUGCAGAGCUGGCAUCUCCAUGCCCUCGCAAAAGACAAGGUUUACACCCAGAUUCAAGUCUGACACCUGUCAAAAAGAUUUACAUUUCUGAGGGAAAUGAAGAUGCAAAAUUGGCUAUGAAAAUUGCAAUGAAGAGUGUUUCCAGGUCAGACAUUCCUGUUGAACCAGAAAGUGAACUUUCUUCAGCUGCAGGAAAAGUUAUGGUGAAACUUAGUUCCAGUGCUCCUACUCGUAUCCUUGCAUUCUCUGAUAGUCCAGUUGGAAAUACUGGCUUCCAGGCUGUCAGCAGUUCCCAAAGCAUCUUGCAGGGACAAUGGGAAGUGUCCUCGUCUAAUGUAAAAAAUAUCACUACUGGUACCACAGCUGUGAGUGCCCCUUGCCAGGAUUGUCAGGUCAGGAAUACAAGCUUUCAGACCUUUAACAGACCACAAAGUGUUUCCCAAGGCCAGUGGGAAGGGUCUCUAUCCAAUAUGAACAGCAAGCCAAUAGUUACUCGCACUGUUAGCGCCCCAGGUCAGGCAUUGCUACAGCAGCAUGCAAACAAAAAUACCCAAUUCAUGCAGGUAGGUUCGGAUCAGUCCAGCUCCUCUGCAGUUUGUGAACUGAAUGCUGUGCUUCGGAAUAAUGAGCAGCAAGAUGCGAAUCAGCAACAAAUUUAUUCUCAGCAGGGGACAGUAAUAAACAAGCAAAUGUCCAGUUCUGUUAUGGAGCCUCCUGUGAUGACUCGACCUACUGCCACAGGCCAGCUGGUGCAGAUGACUACUGAUAUGGUGGAACAUGUCUCAUCUCAGCCCCAUGUGGGUUACUUUCCAUUUAAUGAUGAUGACAUGACUCAGGACAGUAUCGUAGAGGAAUUAGUUCAGAUGGAGGAGCAGAUGAAGAUGAACAGUUCCAUGCAAAGCUUUGAUGGCUGUGAGGAUAUGGCCCUGCAAAGUCAACAGGCUGCCUUGCAGAACAACAUGAUAUCCAGUCACCAGGCCAGCACUUCUUGCUACAACUUGGCCAACACUAGCAGCACACCUAUCCACACCCCUACCCAAGGUGCAGAGAUGAUAGGAAUGGGGCAGGGAUUGACCCGUGAGAGCCCCUGCUCACAUUUUGCCCCCACCACCCCUGUUGACAGUGCUCUGGGAAGCAGCUGCCAAACCCCAAUUGGAACACCACACUCAAACUGCAGUAGUGGUGUUCCGCCCAGUCCUGUUGAGUGUAGGAACCCAUUUGCCUUCACUCCGAUCAACUCCAGCAUCACAAGUUACCAUGAUGGCAGCACUAUCUCGUCCAGUCCUGUCAAGCCCAUGCAAAGACCAAUGGCCACCCACCCAGAUAAAGCUAAGCUGGACUGGAUGAAUAAUAACUACAACAGCAGUAGUAGUAAUUCCAAUAGUGGAAUUAGUAUUCUGCCCAACUAUCAGAAUCUGGUGGAUAACCAGUUCAGGAAACCUCAUGCUUUUGCUAUUCCUGGCCAGACAUAUCCAUCACCAGUCAGGCACCAUGACAUGCACAUAAGUCGCUUGACACCUAUUUCGCCAGUCCAGCAGCAGGUGGCUAGCAUGGUAAACCUUAAUAAACAGGAGGGAUUUGCUGUUCCAGCCCCUCUUGAUAACAAAACCAGCACUUCCUCCUCUGGAUCAUUCCGCUGCCGCAGUGUCAGUCCAGCAGUCAGGCAGCGCAACCUGAGUGGAACCCCAAACCCCAAUGUCCGCCGUUAUGUGGUCUCUCCUUUUAAUUCACAAGUGACACCAGAGGUGCUGAAUAUCUUUGCUAAUACUCAAGCAAAUACUAGCGUUAGCAGCAUGGUGCAGAGGAGUCAAUCUGUGCCACUUAAUGUGAUGAUGCAGACAGAAGUUUUGCCCAUGCAAGCUGGUGGGCAGACAAGUAACACUAAAAACAUUACCAGUGUCCUGCUCAACAAGAUGGAUGGUGAUGGAGACAAUGUGGUACGUGGACUUGGCAUGAACAAUAUGCCAUCCAGUUACACUGCUCGCAUGAACCUCUCACAAAUCCUGGAAACGACCGCUGCUUCUGGUUUCCCUGCCGGUGCCAAUCACCAGGCUAUGAUUUCGCCUGGCUCCUCAGCUUACAAAUUUACAAAGCCUGCUUACCUCAUGAAGAACAAUGGAGGGGAGCAAAUAAGCUUCUCAGCAAGGGAGGCCCAAGGGCAGUUAGUCUCAGAAGAGAAGAAGCAGCUGUCUGAAGAGCAGCAAAAUCAGGCCUUGAUGGUUCCACCACAGCAAGACCUCCAGCAGCAUCAGCACCAGCAGUCUUUCCUUUUCAAUACCACUGAUAAAGACCUGUUAGAUGAAGACAACUUGAACACUGUGUCACAGCUUCCAGGCCAGGCAACCGAACUUGGUGCUGGAGUUUCAGAGUUUCCUGGUGAUAUGCAACUGACCUCUGAACUCUCCAGUAGCAUGAAUGAUUUAAACUCUUUAGAUGCAAACCUUCUCUUCGAUCCAGCAUCAAGUCAGCAGCAAGUCCAGUAUGAAGAACCAACACUGGAGGAACUAAAGAAUGACCCGAUUUUCCAACAGAUUUGCAGUGAGACUGUGAAUUCUGCUGGCUUUGACUGGUUGGAGAGCAAGGACCAGGCAACAGUGGAAAUGUUGGGUUAACCUGUAGCUUGAUUUGAUAACUAAUUUUUUUUUUUUUUUCUGUAAGUGGGUUUUAACAGAAUUUGUCUAAAGUGUUUACACAAAGCAGUGUUGCAGCGAAUUGCUGGGCUCAGUUCCUGGGUUGAACAGAAAUUAUCCCUUUUCUUUCCCUCAGAAUACUGGUUCUUUUUCCAAAAUUGUUCAGUGCACCUCUGUUCAAACAUGUUGAAUUUCUCUCCACACAUGUUCAAAUAUCGGAAAGAGAAAUUAACCAGUGUUCUAGUGUCUCAAAGAAAAUGGUUUGUACUGUUUCCAAGAAAUUCUGUGAAAUUACAAAUUGAAUACUUUUACAGUUUACCAAAAAAACAAGGGAUGUUUCUGCACACCUUGCAGGCAAGGUAUCUUUGUGUAAAUAAAAUUAAAACAUUUUUUUUACGCUUGCUUCUUAAUGUGUAACAAACUUCUGUUAAGACUUCGAGCUGUCUGAUGUACUGUGAUACAUUCAGUCAUUUUUUUCAGCUUUGCAAAUAUGUGCUUCCAGGUGCGUAAAUUGAUAACACGAUAGUAAUGAAUAAAUAAAUGUAUUACCUUAAAGGGUGGGAAUAUAACAUAUGGGAAGAUUAUACCUGCUGUCUUUUAUAUAUUGAAAAGCUUUCAUAUAUAUGUUAACAUAAAAAACAUUAAAACAUUAAAUAUGGCAAUUGGCACUUAAACAUAUACAGUGCAAAAUUUAAUGACUUUUAAAGUCCAAAGAUGAACAGUAUUGGCUUUGUAGUAAUAAUUGGCUUGUUAGUCAUUGUAAAUGAAUUAUUUCUUUGUAUUCGUGUAUAUUACUUUAAAUUUUCCCUAAUUUUUAUCUCAGGGUUCCCCAAGUUCUAGCUGAGGGAUUAAAUUCAAUAAAUGAUGCAUAUAACCAGAAGGGUUUUAACAGCAACCGUUAAAAGGCUGGAAUAUUUGCACUAACAGUCACAGUUUGUGUAUUUGCAAACGUGUUACGGAAAUCCAAGCUGCCUUUUCCUUUUGAAGGCACGAAAGACAGUUGUUUAAGAGAAAAGUUAAGGGCAUAUUCUUAAAGACACCGGAGCAUGAUGAACAUGACUGUUGUCCAUUUUAGUGUGUGCACUCACUAUAUUUUUCAAAAACCUUUAAAACUAAUAACUAACUUAUUCCUGAUUGUUAAAGAGUACAGCCCUCUUGAGUAGCAAAUCCAAAUUUAGAUCUUGUUUAAGAUUAAAAGGAAUUUAAAAAAUGUCAGUAAGAGAUUUUAUUCAGGAUCUGAUUAGUCUAUAGAUUUUUCUAUCUAUGCAUUUUUAAAUCAGUUGAUCUGCCACUUUUUUGGUUUAGUGGGAGUUUUUGUUCCCUUUUUUUGUAAUCGAAUACAUAAACUUUACAUUUUUAUGAACCUUCUUACAUCUUCAAUGUUUUGCAAAAAAAAAAAAAUUCAUUUCAAUCAAAAAGAUUGAUUUGUCAUUGUAAGAAGUGCAAUGCUUUGCUGAAUAUUUUUAAAUGUUAAAACUCGUGACUUAAUUUUUUUGGUUUAGUUACUAUCCUUGCACUAUUACAGAUGAAAUAUAUUAAAUAACACAGGACAAGUACCACUAUGUCAUGGGUUAGAACUUAAGCUGAGAAUUUGAGCAAGUCAUAGCUAACAAAAUUAUUGGGCUCAAAUAAUAACGUAAUGUUUUUAUACAGUAUACAGUGGAUUUUGUAGAAUUGGCAUGUUGCUAAUUUUCUUGCGCCUGAUGCAAAAACACAAUAUCAAUUUGUGACGAGGUUUCCAUAAUACAUCUCAGCCUUACUGUCCCUCCAUACCAAAGAAAAUCUCUGGAAUUUGAGGGGAUUUUUUUUAUUUGAAAUUUUAUACCCUUUUUUAUCAUAAUUCGAAAAUUUGAAACAUUUGUUUGUUUGUUUUUGGGGCAUUUUUGUAAGCACUCAGUUGUUUUUGUAAUUUGUAACAUGCGAUCUGUCAUGUAGCACUGAAACUUUUGCUAAAAGAAUGUUUAAAAAUCACACUACUGGUAUAAUUUGUAAAAAAAAAAAAUAUAUAAAUGUAGCAGUGCAGAAGACUGUUAAUAAUCCACUGAUUUUAAGCUUUUGUAUAUAUUCAACUAGUAUGUGAGAAAUCACAGGCACUGUUUAAUGUUGUUGCUGUAGUUGUUGUCGUCGUUGUGGUUAUUAAACUGUUAAACUUGUAUUUAUCAGAAACCAGCAAAUGUGCAACCUGCCUGAGGAAUUAGUCCUCAUGUACAAAAAGCUAACUGCAUGUGUUCCUAUGUAUUUAGUUUUGUAUUUUUUUUUAUUUGUUUUUUUUUUUUAUUGUUUGUUUAUGCUCUGUAUUUUAAGAACAAUGAGAAAACACCGUGUAUGAUUAAAGAUGUUAUGUCAGGUUACAUAUUUUUCUGUAAUGGACAGGGAUUUGAAUCUGGAAAUCCAACAUCUUAAAUUGGUCAAAGCUUUAGAGGUUCAUUAUUACUGUAACACUAACUUUCUUCUUCAGGAUAAUAAAAAAAGACUCCAAAAUAUUACUCUAAUAGUUUUUAAAACCCAAGCUUAAAAGAUUAAAUCAAAAAAAGUGAUCAGAAUAAAACCCAAAAUAUCAUCCCAGUGUGGUUAAUAUAACACGGGGGAAAUUCUUUGCUUACUUUUUCUCUGUACAUUUUUAAAAGGUUUGUUUGUUUUAUGAUUUUUUUUUCUCUUUAUCUUUAUAAAAUAUAUGUAUGACGUUUCUUUCUUCUUUUUUUUUAUUAUCAAUGUAGCCAGUGUUUAUAUGAUCAUAGGCCAGAACUGUGGUUAUUAUUCUGUGAUCUAAGACCUAUUAUCUUUACCUUUGUGGUGUUAAACCCUGUACAUCAGACUUGCUUCAUAAAGUUGCUAUGACAUUUGGAAAGUUUUUUUUUUCUUCUCUUUCUUUUUGCAUUGAAAGUGGUCACUGAUUUAUUUUAGGUGACUAAUAAACAUUUUGUAAAGUAUCA